AUGGUCAUUUGCUAUUUCCAAGGAAACGGGGGCUCGACGCCUCUGCGGCUGCCGCUGCUUUCUCAGGUUAUGAAGGCGAUUCAGGAGAAGUCUGGCUCGGUUGGCGAGGAUGCAGAGUUUAUUCUUGUUGCGCUGUCGUAUCGUGGGUACUGGAAGUCGUCGGGGCGGGCGACGCAGUCUGGGAUUGAACGGGAUGCCCAGGCUUUUCUAAGUUGGGUUUCGGAAACCUAUGUACAGCCGGACAGAGAUGUUAGUGUUGUUCUUUGGGGGCAUUCUUUGGGAGCGGCUGUUGCGAGCUCAGCGGUUGUCAAGAGUCUUGCCCGUACAGCUGGGAACAAGCAGCCACCGAUUGCAGGUUUAAUUCUUGAGGCGCCAAUCUCGAGCAUCAAAGACAUGCUGAUCAGUCUUUAUCCGCAGAAAUGGCUACCCUACCGCUAUCUGUGGCCAUUUUCUUGGAAUACUUGGGACGUCUCGUCGACCUUGGGGCACAUGGCUCGUUACAAAACGGCAACCCCUUCAAAAGGGAUGUCGGUUCCUCCGAUACUCUUAAUGUCUGCUGAAAGUGAUGAGGUAAUUCCAUUGUGGGUAGCAGAUCAGUUGGAGGAGAAAGCAAAAGCAUCAGGGUUGGAUAUUGAAAGAAAGAGCGUCAAAGGAGCAAUGCAUAUCGAGGGCCCACUGAAAUUAGACGGACGAACAGCCCUGGUGGAUUUCAUCAUGAAUUCUUCUGGAAAUAGAUAA